AUGGCUUACACGGCCGCACCCCUUCAUGUGCUAACGCAGAACUGUCGAGGCCUUAACACGCCUGAGAAGCGCUCACAUUUCCUGCGAGAACUACACCGCAAACGGGUCUCGGUAGCGAUGCUACAGGAAACGCACCUCAAAACAUCCGAUACCCACAGAUUGAAGGACAGAGGAUACCCUACCAACUACCACAGCACCCACUCCACCGACCGAAAGGCAGGAGUAGCGAUACUAGUAGCCGCUAAUACCCAAUUCACCCUGAUGGACCAACUCGCAGACCCUAACGGUAGAUUUCUUUUUAUCAAAGGCACAAUUUCAGGAAAAAUUUACACCUUCGCCUCCAUCUAUGCACCAAAUGCAAAAUGAUCCGCCAACUGGCAACGUUUACGGAAGGAUCAUUCGUCGUAGGGGGGGACUUCAACGCACCGCUUGACCCACUAGUCGACUCAUCGACUGGACACAGCAGUAUACCACAAACUGCGAUUAGAACAAUAAGGAAGGCCCUGCGAGACCUGAGACUGGUAGACACCUGGCGAACCCUACACCCGACAGUUCGAGGCUAUACACACUAUUCAGCCAUACAUAGGAGAUAUUCGCGUAUUGACUACGUUCUCAUACAGCAAGAAGGACUACAACGUUUGCAGUCGGCUGAAAUUAUACCGACACCAUGGUCGGACCACAGCGCAGUGUCCAUACACCUGGACUCUCCUCUAUUUAGGCCCACUAAGACGGCAUGGAGGCUGAAUGAGUCGCUCUUAUCAGACCCGGAAGUGAAAUCCCUUCUGACAGAACAUCUAACCAACUACUUUACUGAGAACGAUACAGAAGACGUGUCGAAAGUGACGCUUUGGGAAGCACACAAGAGCGUGCUCUGGGGACAUCUCAUAAGGAUUGCAUCACGCAAAAAAAGGGAAGCACAGCAACACAUGCUGGAACUCACCGACCAGAUAUCAAAACUGGAAACACAACACAAGCGGUCACAACUUGAGGAGCACUAUCGCUCACUACUGGACACCCGCCGACAGCUGGCGGAUCUAGUGGCACGCAAACACCACAGAGCGACACAGCGAUCCAAGGCCUUCUUCUACAUCCACGCUAACAAAAGUGGGAGACUCCUAGCUCGUAUGAUCCGACCCCAAUAA